AUGACAUUUCGAGGUUCUCAUCUCUAUGUCAAUGGACCUGAGAUACAACAUGUUUUUGGCGUCACCAGUCUGCCCUUGACAACGGUCGCCCAUAUCAUCUCAUACUUAGACGACGAUGUCACAUCACUUUCGCGGUUAUGCCGUACCUCAGCCUCCCUCUACUACAUGACCCUUCCGCACUUGUGGAAGUCAGUCACAUUAACGUCACACCCUUCUAUACGAUACAAAGAUGGAGAGCCAGAGGGCUCUGGAGGCGCCAGCCCUUUCUCCAUGGGUCUUAAUGCCCUGGUCACCACCAAGGUUGCCCCGCUCGUGCGAAAUCUGAUCCUACAAGGCGAUUUUGGAUGGAUGGAACCCCAUGAAUAUUCAAGAGCUGGACGAGUAUCGGAAACAGGCAUGGUAUUGAACAUUGCAAUAUGCGCGGCACUUGACCGGUGUCCUCAACUCGAAUCAUUCAGGUGGGAUCUAAACACUCGAAUCCAGCCCAAUGUAUAUUCCAGCCUCGCCAGAUUGCCCAAACUCAGGGAACUCUGGCUCCGAUUUCCCUCCAGUCGCGCUCCACAUCCGAUCACUGUUAUCCCGCCAAUGCCCACUAUCGAAACACUGUACAUAACUCAUUUUGAUCCUCUUUGCAACCCUGACGAUCUCUCGACUUUCUUUUUCCAUGCGGAAAAGCUGAGAACGCUCCAGAUGCAUUUUUCCCCGCGAAUGCGCGACGCGGGCGAAGCAUCAGUUAUCGUGGCACAAUUCUUUAGGAAAAAUAUCAUAGAGAAGAAAAAGUUGUUCCUAAAAAGGGUAGGCAUGUACAACUUGUUCGCACAAAUGGACGUCAACGACUGUUUACAUGCGGUGGAUACGGGUCUGUGCGACGACUUCACGGCUCUGAAUUGUUUCGGCCCUGACGAGAGUCCCUUCAAAUCAUCUUCAAACGCAACGUGGUUCCUCGACAAAACAUGGCUGAUUCCGAGUGACAAAGUUCUUCCAAAGCCCAAGGUGCUGAGGCUCGAUCAAUUACAUAAACGCCACACCCAUGAUCUGGCUCGCGCAAGUGGUUUGGAACGUCUCUAUUUGGUCAAUGCUCGGCAUGUGCCACGCAAUUCAGGCCACGCCGUCACUCCCAGUUCGCGGGACCAGUCCCCGUUGAUCGCUCCCGCCACUUGCAAUGGGGGCACUGACGCUGCGGCGAAUUCCAUCAGAAACACUACCAGCAUCCAUCUCCGUGACCUCUACAUGGACAGCAUCUGCGACGUGUGUGGUCCAACGCUGAAACACCUUAUACUCCCCGCCAGGUGGCCGUUGUCUCAGGAAAUGAUCGUCAGACUCAUUCGCUCCGCGCCAAACUUGACGCAACUCAGUGCACCCAUCAUAUGUUCGGGCUUUGACUUCUUCCGCCUGGUUGUCCCUUUCCUCACUCAUUUGUGGGCAUUGAGAAUCCUGGCUCCUGCAACCGAAGGUCUGGAGGGAGAGAGGCUAGCGUGUGAAUUCCGCCAGUUUGUCGACCAGCUCGACGAAGAAUCUUUCGAAGAAUGUCAAGUUGGUGAAAAUGGGCCAUUUCGUAUAACCCAUAGCGGAAUGGAAAAGGCGGCGGUCGACGUUCCUCACAUACGUUAUGUGGGCUUUGGGGACAAGGUGUUUGAGAUUGGGCAGGUGUAUGAAGAUGUCGUCAAGACGCCGGUCGCCCUGAGUAGCAGAGAUGGCUCUGGCGGUGACUCGGGUAUCGUGGAUGACCAUGUGGAGUAUUCGCAGGAGGUUGUCAGGAAGAGGAGAGUGACUAGAAUUCCCGAGUCUGAUGUCGCACAUGUGGAAAUCUGGAAGAUGGAUAGUCUGGAUGUAAUAUAA